AACUGCAGCGAGGUGGGGGGGCAUCUCAAUGGCCAAGUACGUCCAGGCAGGUUCAAAGAUCACGGUUUGAUGUCGACUUGGAACAAAGAGGGUGGAGGAUUCCGUGCAAGCGCAUGGCUGCAGGAAGGGUACGGAAAGUGGAGCUGUUGGACCCCAGGCACUGAGCCAGAUUAAAUGAAGCAGAGGCAGGGGGCAGCUCAGGAGCCCAGGCAGCUCAUGGGCUGCAGGCUUAGUGUGGCUUGCCUGGGAAAUGAAUUGUGCACCCUUCCCCUGGAUCGUCAGUGCUUGACAGAAGACAAGGCAGAGAGCACGUUUCAGCCAGAAGAGCUAACUUCAAAUUCUCACACGUUCAAGAAUAAGAACUUCAAGAAACCUAAAGCUUGUAACAUCUGCAAGCAAGUCAUUGACCCCCAAGGCAUUUCAUGCAGAGUUUGCAAAUAUGCUUGCCACAAGAAAUGUGAAGCAAAGGUUGUGACACCCUGCUUUCUGCCAGUCAACUACCCAUUGCCAGAUUGCUCUGAUUCGUUUGUGAACCAUGUAACCAGAACGACUUCCAAUGGUUUUUUGAAAAAAUCGUCUUUCUGUUGUGACAAACUAUCCGAAAGUGCAGACUUUGAUCACAUUAUGGAGGAAGGUUAUGAACUGGACCUGACUUACAUCACUGAGCGAAUCAUUGCCGUGUCCUUCCCAGCCAGUUGUUCAGAGGAAACUUACUUGCACAACCUCCAGGAUGUAACUCGAAUGCUGAAAUCCAAGCAUGGUGACAACUACUUGGUGUUGAACCUCUCUGAGAAGAGAUAUGACCUUGCCAAACUUAACCCAAAGAUUAUGGAUGUGGGCUGGCCUGACCUUCAUGCCCCACCACUUAAUAAGAUGUGCACCAUUUGCAAGGCUAUGGAGACCUGGUUGAACAGUGACUCCCAGCAUGUGGUGGUGAUCCAUUGCCGAGGUGGCAAAGGAAGAAUUGGAGUAGUAAUAUCAUCAUAUAUGCACUUCACAAACGUGUCUGCAAGUGCAGAUCAAGCCCUAGACAGAUUUGCUAUGAAGAAAUUCUUUGAUGAUAAAGUUUCUGCCUUAAUGCAACCAUCCCAGAAAAGGUAUGUGCACUUUCUGAGUGGCCUUCUCUCUGGAUCUGUCAAAAUGAACACAACCCCCCUGUUCCUGCAUUACGUUAUCCUACAUGGAAUUCCAAGCUUUGAUGCUGGUGGAGUUUGCCGGCCCUUUCUGAAGUUGUACCAGGCCAUGCAGCCAGUCUAUACAUCAGGAGUAUAUAGCGUGGGACCAGAGAACCAAAGCAGAGUCUGCAUUGCAGUGGAGCCAGCGCAGUUGCUGAAGGGAGAUAUUAUGCUGAAGUGCUACCAUAAAAAAUACCGAUCUGCCACCCGGGAUAUCAUUUUCCGCCUGCAGUUCCACACAGGCGCGAUUCAAGGAUAUGGUCUGGUGUUUGGCAAAGAGGAUUUGGAUAAUGCAAACAAAGAUGACCGUUUUCCUGACUAUGGGAAGGUUGAGCUGGUGUUUUCAGGAUCCCCAGAAAAAAUCCAAGGAUGUGAACACCUGCAAAAUGACCAUGGAGUGAUAGUGGACUACAACACCUCAGAUCCGUUGAUUCGCUGGGAUUCAUAUGAAAACAUGAGUCCUGAGGGGGAAGUGUUGCACACCCAGGGCCCCAUUGAUGGCAGUCUGUAUGCUAAAGUGAGGAAGAAAAGCUCCUCUGAUACCAGCAUUCCCAGUGGAGCCCAAGGGGUGGCAACGAGCAGCCCCGAUCACAGCGACCACACCCUGUCUGUUAGCAGUGACUCGGGACACUCCACAGCUUCUAUAAGGACGGACAAGACGGAAGAGCGUCCCCCUCCUGGAACAAAGAGAGUCUUGAGCCCCCAGGAGAAGGAAGAGCUGGACCGGUUGCUUAGCGGCUUUGGCCUCGAGAACCCGGUCAGUCCUCUCAAGGAUAUGACCGAUGCCCAAAGCAAGUACAGUGGGACUCGCCACGUAGUGCCGGCCCAGGUCCACGUGAACGGAGACGCCAAGCACAAGGACCGGGAAACGGAUAUUCUGGAUGAUGAGAUUCCCAGCCACGAUCUCCACAGUGUGGACAGCAUUGGGACUUUGUCUUCGUCUGAAGGGCAGCAUUCCAACCACCUCGGGAACUUCAGCUGCCAUAAGAGCAGUCAGAAUUCCCUCCUGUCGGACGGCUUUGGGAGCAACCCUGGGGAGGAGCACCAUAGUGCUCUGGCCCCAGAUCUGGGAAUUGGCGUAGACCCCAUCUAUGAGAGGCCCUUUGGCAGCGCUGAGCCAAAGCAGUCACAGCAGCUAUUGAGGAAUCCUCCGGUCUCCACCCAGCCACAGCCCUACAGUCCUAGUAGCUAUUCCACCCAGACAUGGGUGCGCCAACAGCAAAUGGUCAUCGCUCACCAGUACGUCUACUCCCCAGAGAAUGAAGUCCGGCUUGGUGUCCCUGGUACAGUGGAGAACCCAUGCAACAUGCAAAGCCAAGCCCGGGUUCCGGACACCCCCACCCGAGGAGCCAGCAGUAGGGAUGCUGUGCAGAGGGGGCUUGGGAGUCUGCCGCCUUCCGGCAGUGCAGCAGGAACUCCUGGGCCUGAGGUUUUUAAAUCAAGACUAAUCUCUGAGAAGGGCACAAAUGAUCUCGACCUGAGAUUGAGUCCAGGAAGCCAUGCAGGGAGCUUGCCGUCCUCCCCCACUCUGGAUAUUGAUCAGUCAAUUGAGCAGCUGAACAGGCUAAUUCUGGAACUGGACCCCACAUUUGAGCCUAUCCCCACCCGUAUCAAUGCUAUCGGCAGAGACACAAGUCAGCUGAAUGGCUUUGCCAGCCCUGAAAUAGACGUGGGUGGACUUGGGAAGAGCCCCGGAUUCCAUGGGAAAGCAGAAGUCACCGACAGGAAUCUGUCCCAGCAGGGUUCCCAAGAGGAUGACAUAUUGGGUGGACGAAGCAGAAAGUUAAGCCUUGGACAGUAUGACAAUGAUGUCCCAGCACAAGCAUCGUAUGCCAAGUGUGGGUGGACAAAGUCUCCUGCCAUUGACCACCUUGAAAGUCCAGGUUCAUUCGUCCCUGGAGGGGAGACCAAAGAGGUGGGUGCUGUGCGCUACAAAGAAGAUUUGGAUGAGGUAGAUGGCAGUGUCUUCUCGCCAACCAAAAGCGGGAAUGAAUCAAUCCCAGCUACGCCAGCAUUUCCAGUAUCACCAGAGACUCCCUAUGUGAAAACUCCCCUGCAUUACCAGCAACUGAGUCCACCUGGUCAUCAGAGCAAUGUCCCCUCAGAGAUGUACAGAACUGUCCUUGAACCUCGAGGUUAUAUGGAAGGCCUCAACCACUCCAUCAUGAUGUCUGACAGCCCCACAGGCCCAAAUCCUGCUUUGUUGCAGACUGAUGUGCAGUCAAGUCCUUCCUGUCAGCGGCCUUUUGCAGCAACGUGCACAUUUGCUACUAAUAGCUCUGUCCUGAGAGGAGAGAGCCCUCCUGUGAGUGAGCACAUCUGGCAACAAAACAACUCUAAAACCUCCUUGAUGCCCCAGUUUUCAGGGAUGAGCAACAGCAAGCCUGUGGGAACUUACCUCACAUCUUCGGAGUUUUCUGCUCCUGCACAAGAUGGCUCGCAUUUGCCUCACUUCCAGAACAAGGGACUCCAAGUUGGGUCAUUGAACGGUCAGGAGAAUUCAUCACCUGGACGGCAGGAGCAGGACCUUGGCACCAAUACCAGCGUCCGAGCUUUCCUCAAUUACGGCGGAGCCAGCACCAACAGUAGCCCAUCACUGGGAGAGAAACAACCUGCUUUUGUGGCAAAUGCGAACGGGUCUCCCAAAACAAUGACAUCACCGGUGGACAGUGGCUUUUUGCCACACAGCUUCCUUACCUCACCGCCUGGGAUCAACAGCCAGAACAGUCCAAGCCAACAGAGCCCGGGAAUGAACAUGCACCCUCAGCCCCCUCUUCCAGAGAAGAAGAGGACUUCAGAAGGAGAGCGAUCUUUUGGCUCCGUCUCGCCGUCUUCGAGCGGCUUCUCCAGCCCAAAUAGUGGGAGCACGAUCAGCAUCCCGUUUCCAAAUGUUCUUCCAGAUUUCUCUAAAGUUUUAAACACUUCAGCAUUGCCAGAAAACACAAGUGAUAAACAUGUGACUGUAAAGUUUGUACAAGACACCUCCAAGUUCUGGUACAAACCCGAGAUCUCAAGAGAGCAAGCCAUUGCAGUUCUGAAGGAUAAGGAACCGGGAUCAUUCAUUGUCCGUGACAGUCACUCAUUCAGAGGAGCCUAUGGCCUGGCCAUGAAAGUUGCUAUACCUCCCCCUUCAGUGAUGCAGCUAAACAAGAAAGUUGGAGAUCUGUCCAAUGAACUAGUCCGGCAUUUUCUGAUUGAAUGCACCCAUAAGGGAGUGAGAUUGAAAGGAUGCCCCAAUGAGCCGUAUUUUGGGAGUUUGACAGCUUUGGUGUAUCAACAUUCCAUUACUCCCCUGGCUCUGCCCUGCAAGCUUCUCAUCCCAGACCGAGAUCCACUAGAGGAGAUUUCCGAAACCUCCCCGCAGACUGCUGCAAACUCGGCUGCAGAACUUCUGAAGCAAGGGGCAGCUUGCAAUGUGUGGUACCUGAAUUCUGUUGAAAUGGAGUCCCUCACAGGUUACCAGGCUGUGCAGAAGGCACUGAGUUUAACGCUGGCCCAGGAGCCCCCUCCCAUUUCUACGGUGGUCCAUUUCAAAGUUUCUGCACAGGGCAUCACGCUGACGGACAAUCAGAGAAAGCUCUUCUUUAGAAGACACUAUCCAGUCAACACUGUGAUUUUCUGUGCUUUGGAUCCACAGGACAGGAAAUGGAUGAAAGAUGGUCCCUCAGCAAAGGUGUUUGGGUUUGUUGCAAGGAAGCAAGGCAGUGCCACGGACAACGUCUGCCACCUCUUUGCCGAGCACGAUCCGGAACAGCCUGCUAGUGCCAUCGUAAACUUUGUAUCAAAGGUCAUGAUAGGCUCCCAGAAAAAGAACUGAAAGCCUCUGACUACGUGCUGUGUAUGGACUCGCAAGACAAAGCAAUGGCAAAAUGUGGUCUUCAGAUGGCAGCCACGUGGCCGGCACCCCGGGAGGACUUUCCAGCUGCAUAGCAAUUCAAGGCUUCAGUAAUACCACUCGGCUAUUUGACAUCCACCUGCACCAUUAAGCAAAGGGAACUGGAAGCCAGCAACAUCCCUGUAUGCUCAUUUCUGAACCAGUUUUGGAAGACAGAGGAGCUGAGUGGAAAUGUGAUUUUCCUACAUGAUUUUCAGACUUCAGGUUUUUAGCUGUACUGGGGAAGAAUGAGAGGUGGGAAAAAGGAUGUCCACUCACUCAAUCACAUAUGCUAUGAGAACAGAGUGACACACGAGGCAAUCAUGGGAUUCCCAAAUGUAAUGCGGGAAUGGGGGAGAUUUGCAAGGGAUCAUCACUGGGUGGGUGGAGUGUGCAUUAACUCUUCUGUCACCCAAAAGUCCUCCCCUGCAAAUGUCCCCUUGAGGUUCUUUUGUAAUAUUUCCCCCCAGCUGGGCUCAGAUGUCAAAAGCCAGGUUCAAGGGGGAAACUGUCUCUGAGAGCAUUUGUAGAGAAGAAUGGCGGGUACCUGGAGGGACUGUGUUAAACACUCUUCCCUCCUGCUUGUGGUUUCUCCUUUGCAAGCACCCAACUCCGCUUGACAUUUGCUGUAGUUGCAUUAAUGGUAGCCGUGGCCCAAGCAAACCAGCCAGGACCUUUUGCUCUUCCCUUUGUUUUUAUAUAGCAGUGAUGGAAAUCAAACUUAAAAUGGAAAUAUGUAUGUGUAGAGGAGAUUGGCGCAGGUUUAUUUGGGAAUGAGAGAGAGAGAGAGAGAGAGAGAGAGAGAGAGGUUUCUGGAGGUUGCCUAGUGCAUGUAGUCUAAAGGAGGUUGGGUAUCUUUUAACUUGUUGGAAGGUAAAUGGAACAGGAGCUGGUUAAAAGGAAAUAAAUGUGAGGCCGUGAAAGUUUGGAAUGUUAUUUUUACAUUGCUUCUUAUAUGAAGAAUUUACACAGGGAAGGUCAUGUCCUUUUUAAUGAUUGCAGGGUAAAAAUGAGGGGAAAAGCAUGAGAAAGGUUUUGUAUAAUUUAUAAUAUAUAUAUUAUUUGCUUAUGUCAGAUUAUUUAUAGUGUAAAACAGAUCUCAGUCUGUUGUAUAGAUGUUCUGAUUCUGGGCAUAUUGUUGGCGUUUUGAAUACUUAGAGGGCAUCCUUCAUGCAAGCACCAUUCAUUUCGACAGGACUUGUGGAGAAAACCCAUAGAAACCCUGACAUGAAGGGAGGUUCUGCUGCAACAUACAUGUGCUGUUUUCCAUCAGUUUAUAACAGGGAUAGGCAACUAGAUGUUUUGGACAUCAACUCCUACAAUCCUUGACCAUUGCCUAUGCUGGGUGGGGCUGAUGGGAGUUGUAGUCCAAAGCAUGUAGAGGACAGUAGGUUGCCUAUUCCUGGUAUGUAGAAUGCCUUGCAUGUGCCUUGCUGUAGGAAGUAGUGUUCUGUAUUCUGGCUUGAAAAACAUCCUAGCUUCCUUUUACAGUAAAACAAAAAAACCACUUUCAUAUCGUUUUCUACUUCUUAAAACAACAGUACUACUUUAUAGUUUGAUUUCAAAAUCGAAUUUGUAUGGAUGGUUUUAAAGCUGAUUUUUAUUUUUAAAAUCUGGAGUAAAUAAAAAAAAAUUAUAAGGGGAAAACCUAUAUUUUCGGUGCACUUACCCGUUCUUUGAGAAUAGUCAUGACCUAAUUUGACGAUCUUGACACAUCAUGUGGCCAAAUAAUCUGGUGCAGAGUAUAGUCAUGUUGACGUUUUAUAGUCAGCUUUUUUACCAUAUAUAUUGUAUAUAACAAUUGCUAGCUCGUGAUCUGUUUUGGAGGCCCUUUCACAUACACAAAACCCAGCAGUAUGGGAGGCACUUCGUGCUGGAGAUCAUGUGUUAAUAUGUAACCGUGCAAGUCAUGCUAGUUACGUAAUUCUGCCUUCCCCAACCUGGUACCUUCUAGAUGGACAAUUGCUACACUGCCUGGGAAUUAUGGGAGUCGCAGUUGAGCAGAUCUGGAGGGCACCAGGUUGGGGAAGGCUGGUGUAGAGCUUUCCCACCUGAUUCACACUACAUGUCACUCUGUUCCUGUGUGAGCGAGCAAAGAAGGCCUUAGAGGCAGAGCAAAAAGGUAAUUAGAACAUUGUUGCAAUAUAACGGCUCAAGCCCUGAAUGUCCAAAUUAUCUCAUUAAAUGUGCGGAAUGCACCAAAACAUCAGCUUCUCAAAAUGCCUGAUGGGUCCCAUGUGGUUUAUGCAUAUGUGCUUUUAUCAAGCAUUGGGUCGAUGGGAUACUUAAUUAUGUGCAUUGAAAUAGUGCCGUUCAGACUGAACAAGAGAAGGUAGAAAUGCCAACUAGUUUCCAGAGGGGCAGCCAUGUUGGCCUGUAACAGCAAAAACAACAGAGGAAAGAAAGAAAGCUUUUAAGGUGCCAAAAGAAAGAUUCUUCUUUGUUUUUGUCAAUGAGUUUGUAACCGUAAGAUUGUUUGUAGUUACUUUCUUUGGUUUAGGAGGUAGUGGGGGUGGGGGAAUGGGAAAAGGUUAUGAACGUGUUUUUGGACCUCUUCAGGCCAGACGUAAUACUAAUAAUACUGAUCAUUUUUGUACAUAGCUUGAGUGUCAGUACCAUAGCUACUAUUGAAGCAACGAGGGCAAGUGCCUCAUUGCAUCAAAACCUUUCAUUCCCCCAAACAUGUUCUCUACAAAUAUCACGGUAUGAACCAAUUGCAUAUCAUUAAGUCUUUGGCGGUUCCUUGGGACCAGUUUUAAAGUAAAGGAACAUAAUUUAAGAGAUUGCUAAUUCAUUGAAUAGUUGGAUAUUCGCAGGUUUUCCAUGGUCAGUUUGGAUUUUCUUCACUAUCCAACUUGAGUGCCAUUUUUGGCGGAAAGGUGGGAUAUAAAUUUAAUGAAUAAAUUCGCAAUUGGCGGGAACCUGACCUCCAUGGUCUACCAUUUGCUUCCUCUGCAAGAUGAACGUUGAAUCUGAUGGUGUUUGGAAGAUUGACCGGUAUUUAAGAGCACCUCUUGAACUGUCGGGCAAUAUGGUAGCAUUAGCUGCUUUGUUCACAAGAACAUAAGAAGAGCCAUGCUGGAUCAGACCAUGGGUCCAUCUAGUUCAGCACUCUGUUCACACAGUGACAAACCAGCCAUCGGCCAGGGAUGAACAAGCAGGACGUGGUGCAACAGCACCCUCCUGCCCAUGUUCCCCAGCAACUGGUGCUCACAGGCUUAUUGCCUUGAAUACUGGAGCGAGCACAUGACCAUCAGGGCUACAGCCUUUGCCUUCCUAGAGGCCUAUAAUGUAGUUCAUUUGGUCUUUUGGGCAACCAGCAGAGGGGUGAGAGAUGGGAUGCUGAUUUUGAAUAGUGGGUAGAAAUAUGAACGGAGGGAACCUCUUCAACCUACAUCACAUUGUAAGCUCUGUUUUUCUGUAUGAAGUACACCCAGAACAAAUGAAGCACAAGACCUACGGUAGCUUCCAUAUACGCAAAUAGUCAUUCACGUGACGGGCUGUGGAGAUUAGAGGUCUAAGUGGUACAUAGAGCACUUUCCCCUCCCAUGGUUUUGAUAAUUGUGUGUAUUCAGCCUCACGAAUAAUGCCAGCAAGUUGCCAGAUAUUUAGCCAAGCUCCUAUUAACCUCCCUUGUUCAAUGUACUACUGUAAUCCCUACAGUAUUAAAGAGAGGCUCUAAGCUCACAGGUGCCUUUCGCCAGGUAUGGCUGCUGCACAGCCCCUGUGAUGUUGUCCAAUAUGGCUUGUGCAGAAACAUCUUGCAAGCUAUGUCCUCUGGAUUGCACCACAUGUUUGUUUUUAUAAUAAAAUGGUUCCUGUUUAUUCAACUAUCAAAAACGUGUUUGUUUUUUUAAAAAAAAUCUUAUCUGCCUUAUAUAUUAGUGAUUUUUUUUUUUGCUUUUCUCUCAAAAUUUGUAUAAAAAAAGUAUCCAGUAUGUAAAUGAACGUUCUAUAAAAUCUUUGUAUAGUCAUUUUCUCUGCUCUUUGAAAUAUCACCUCUAUUCAGAUUCUAAU